GCGGCGGGACCAUGCGCCGGGCGCCCCGCGCCGCACCAUGGAGCGCGCGCAGCCCGACGGGCCGCUGAACGCGUCGGGGGCGCUGGCGGCCGAGGCGGCGGCGGCGGCGGCGGCGGGCGGCGCGCGCGGCUUCUCGGCCGCCUGGACCGCGGUGCUGGCCGCGCUCAUGGCGCUGCUCAUCGUGGCCACGGUGCUGGGCAACGCGCUGGUCAUGCUCGCCUUCGUGGCCGACUCGAGCCUCCGCACGCAGAACAACUUCUUCCUGCUCAACCUCGCCAUCUCCGACUUCCUCGUGGGGGCCUUCUGCAUCCCGCUCUACGUUCCCUACGUGCUGACCGGCCGCUGGCCCUUCAGCCGGGGCCUCUGCAAGCUGUGGUUGGUGGUGGAUUACUUGCUCUGCACCUCGUCCGUCUUCAACAUCGUGCUCAUCAGCUAUGACCGCUUCCUGUCUGUCACCCGCGCUGUGUCCUACCGCGCCCAGCAGGGCGACACGCGGCGGGCGGUGCAGAAGAUGCUGCUGGUGUGGGUGCUGGCCUUCCUGCUCUACGGGCCGGCCAUCCUCAGCUGGGAGCACCUGUCGGGCCGCAGCUCCAUCCCCGACGGCCACUGCUACGCCGAGUUCUUCUACAACUGGUACUUCCUCAUCACGGCGUCCACGCUGGAGUUCUUCACUCCCUUCCUCAGCGUCACCUUCUUCAACCUCAGCAUCUACCUGAACAUCCAGCGCCGCACCCGCGUGAGGCUGGAUGGCACCCGCGAGCCGGGCGGCCCGGAGCCGCUGCCCGAGGCCCAGCCGUCCCCUCCGCCGGCCGUGCCGGGCUGCUGGGGGUGCUGGCCUCGGGGGCGCGGGGAGGCGGUGCCACUGAACAAGUAUGGGGUGGGGGUCGGCGAGGGAGCCCCGGGCCCUGAGGGGGGGGAAGCAGCCCUGGGGGGCGGCAGCGCUGCGGCCGCCUCGCCCACCUCCAGCUCGGGCAGCUCCUCGAGGGGCGCCGAGCGGCCACGCUCCCUCAAGAGGGGCUCCAAGCCCUCGGCGUCCUCGGCGUCCCUGGAGAAGCGCAUGAAGAUGGUGUCCCAGAGCAUCACGCAGCGCUUCCGGCUGUCCCGAGACAAGAAGGUGGCCAAGUCGCUGGCCGUCAUCGUGAGCAUCUUCGGGCUGUGCUGGGCGCCCUACACGCUCCUGAUGAUCAUCCGCGCCGCCUGCCACGGCCGCUGUGUGCCCGACUACUGGUACGAGGCGUCCUUCUGGCUGCUCUGGGCCAACUCCGCCGUCAACCCCGUGCUCUACCCGCUGUGCCACCACAGCUUCCGCCGCGCCUUCACCAAGCUGCUCUGCCCGCACAAGCUGAAGGUGCAGCCGCACGGCUCCCUGGAGCACUGCUGGAAGUGAGCCCGCGGCCGCCACGGGGGCUGGGCCCCAGGAUGGGAGCUGCGGGUACUCCCGCCGCCCUUGCUCUGCCCCGGAAACAGUCCCGGGGCUCUCUCUGUCUCCCAGUGCCGUGACCAGUGGUGUUGCCCCAUUGUUAUCACACAGGGUCUGCCCAAUGCCAGCACUCGCCCGGCACCCCGCCCCCCUGCGCCCCGCCAGCCUCUGGCUUUGCUGCGUCUGUUCCCAGCUUCAGCCCGGGCGCAGCACCGCCCCCCCCCCCCGCUUCCCUCUGGUCUCCCUGCUCCCCACAAAAGUGCCAAGUGCCCUCGGCCGUGCCCUGCUUUCCCGUUCUGGGUGUCUCAGGAAGAUGGAGAGACGCAGCCGUGAACUUGAUGUUCCUGGAUAUUUAAUCAAGAGACAAAAUUGCUGAGGAGCUCGGGGCGAGAUUGGCAGCUGGGGCUCCCACGCCCGUCUUCCCGGCUGCACUUCCGGCGGAGCUGCAGUGGCUCUGCUGCCCCCCUCCCCCCAGCCGGUGGGCACUGCGCCCCGGAGGCCCAGGCCUGCCCGCUCGAGUGGCCAUCUGCUGGAGAGGCCUGGCCGUCCCCUGGGUCCCGCGCCCACGGGCGGGGGUGCCUCUGGGUCCCGCUCGGCACCUGCGCCCCUUGCAUGGCUCCCCGUGCACCCCGAGGCUGGCCUGCAGUAAAGUGUAUUUUUCUAA